AUGAUUACACUCAACCCAAGCAUUAGAUUUGAUAAAGAGUUAGGAAGUGGAUUCGAUAUCUGCGAGAUAGACAGGCAGUGCAAUGACAUAUUUGUUCAAAAGGGCAUCGAGUAUCUUCCUUGUUGUCCAACGAUCGAAGAAUAUAACUAUUCUUUUACGUUGCUUGAAGUUAUAUGCGACCAAAAGAAACAAACCAUCAUCUAUACUUCAACAAUCAUAACUGAAAAGAAAACACUGCCUUCGACACCAUCACCUCAUUCAGAGAUCAGACAAGACAUGGAUGAAUUUAGAGCUCAGUAUGGUUUACAUUACGUUCAAUCAAUCGAGAUUGGUGUAAGGGUAAAGAUGAUCAUAUCUCUUGAAUCCAACGAGCAAUCAGUACUCAGGCAGGUGCAGGAAUAUUGUAAUGGAGAUUUUGAUCAGUUUAUCACAAGUAUUGGGCCUCUCAUUGCAGACUCAAGUUUAAAAGCGUGGUUUAAUGGAUCGAUUGAUGGGCACCCAGACAACGAGGCCUUUAAAAAACUCAUACCAGCAAAGGCCAAGGAAUUUAUUCGGUUGCUUAGAACCCCUGGUCUCUCUAAACAGUACAAAAUUCCCAUUCGAAUAUCUGUUUUGCCAAUGCCCUCUAAACUACAUCCUCUCCUUGCUCAACUUGACUUUGAUAUCUACCAAACCAAAGUCAAUCAAAUACAUGCAAACAUUUCAAAGAUUGAAGAGAUGACGACUGUUUUAUCCAAAUCAAAAAAGACCAUUCAACAUAUACUCGAAGAUGACAAUCUAUCUGCAUAUGUUGAGACUUUAUACACCAAAGUCUCCCAAUUUAUCCGACGUUUAAGAGUAUUACAUGAAGACACUGUCAAAUUGCUCAAAGACAAAGUCGACAAUAUUCUCAAGUAA